AUGUACACGGACACGGACGCCCUUGCCUCAGAAACCUCCUCUUCCUCGUCGUCGUCGUCCUCCUCUUCCUCGCUGUUGUUGCUGCUGGUGCCGCCGCCGCCACCUCCUCCGCCUCCACCGCCUCCACCGCCGCCGCUGUUGUCGCUGUCGCUGCUGCUUUCGCUGCUACUGGGGGGUCGGCAAGAGCAGGUCGCAGACUCGCACCAUCCCACGAGGAGACGAGGCCGAGCGAGCCCCGCUGCCGCCGCCAGCGCCGCCGCCGACCUCCGCCGCCGCCGCGGGGGGGCCCGCCACAGCCGCCACCGCCGGGGGGCUCCCUUCUCCCUCAGCUGCUGCUGCCGCCGCCGCCGCCGCCGCCGCCGCCACCGGAACCGUCGCCUUCUCCAUCCCCAGAGAAAGAGGGAGGGCGCGGACGGGGGAGGGGCGUGGGGGCUACGCUCUACCGCGACUUCGGCCGCACCGGGGCCGACACAGCGCUCGGUGCCGCCUCCACCGCCACCGCCUCGGUCACCUCUACUGCCGCCGCCGCCGCCGCCGCUCCGCCAGCUCUCACCUCGUCUCGCGAUACUAAGGGCGGGGAGCCUGACGAUGGGAGGGAGGGAGGGAGAGGGAGGGAGUGUGAGGGAGAGGGCGGGGGCGGGGGGGUGGCGAGGCGUAGAGGGAGACCCGGGUGUCGGGAUACCCAGAGGAGCCGAGACGACGAAGCAGCGGGGGGGAGUGUGUCUAGGGCGACUUCCGAUGGGGGGACGGCGGGGACAGAGGACGGCCGCGGCGACUGCCGGAGCGCCCGCGAGCGCCCGGAUUGCUUCUCUUUCCUCGCUAUUUCCCCCACACGCAGCCCUUCAGCCCUCCCUUCUUCCUUCCUUGCUUGUGACUAGAACGCAGCCGCAGGCGGAAGUGCAAGUGACGCCAUCAGCCGUCGCCCGAGCGGUGGCGCGCGGGUGGCCGAAAGACGAAAGUUGGGUAAAGAAGGGAAAAAAGCAAUGGAAAAGCUUUUUUCAGAGAUUCCUGGAUAGCAAGAGAAAGCCAGCCUGUGAUUAAAUAUAUGCCAAGGAUAAUCUACAACUAAAUAAUGUACAUUAACUCUUGGUUAUGAAGCAAAUAAGCUACCCACAUUUAAGUUUUCUGCUCCAUUUUAUGUUUGUUAGUUUGACAAUUUUUGUUCCUGUUUGUUUCAAAGAUUUAAAGUAGUUACUGCAUAGAGCAACUCCUAUAUAAAGAUUUGUGAGUUCCUGAAUUUUUUACUUUCAAACUGAAUGUCAAGAGAAACAUUUUCAGAGUUCAGAUUGAGAGAAAGCAAGUAUAUUAACAACUAGCAAGAAUAUGAAAAGUUAAAACACUUCCUGGCUUGUAUCUUUCUCAGGAAAAACUGAGUCCAUUAGAAAGUUGGGGAGUGGUCUGGUAAUACCAGAAAGAAUUUAGGGAUUCCUAAGGAAAUCUUUGAUUCAUUCAUUGAUUAUGCCACAAAUAUUUAUUAAAUACCUACUGUGUGAUAUACACUGUUUUGGGCACUGGGUAUAGCUCCUACAAAAGUGCAUUGUUUAUGAAUGCAUUUUUGUGCAGGAAAUCGUACAAUAGACCCUUGAUGUACACAUAAAAGAUUCUCCCAGUCACCUUCUUAAAUCCUCAAAUAAGCAAAUAUUUUAUAUCAUGUAACUUAACCCAGGAAAUAGAGGAAAGUAUAACUAAUCUUUAAUAUUUUCACAAAUAACAAUAAGUUUAAAAAACAGGAAUGUUUCUGGUCUAGCUUAUGAGGAGCUUAGAAGUUGGCACUCUGUCCUGGUAACAAGUAAAAAGCUGAACAAACUGAAAAAUCAACAACUCUUAGAUCCAUCAGAGCAGUGAGGUCACAGGGCAAACCACUUCCCCCAAAAUUGGAGAGACAGACAGAUGGACAUAGAGAAUCACAGCUUACUGGAGCAGAAAUCUCCACAAGAACCAGUGCUGGGGUAGGGAAACCUGAACUGUAAUUGACAAAUUGCUAGAGGCUUAGUGUGGCUAAGACUUGAGAGUUAGAAAUCCAGGAGGAUAAAAUCAUAAGGGAUCCCCAUGCUUUGGUGAGUUUUACUUCCAGGACCCCUACCAGGUCCUCACAGUGAAUAAUACUGUUCAUGUUUCUGGCAGGGGGAGGAGAAAAGUAAUGAUUUUGAAGUAUACCAGAGCAUUAUGGUCUUAAUAAAGCCUGCCCUCAGAAGAAACUAUUUUACCAAGACCUAACCUGCUGAGGUUUUAUCAGAUCCUAACCUAAUUAGGGGAAGGGAAAUACCCAGGUCUAGCUCCCUCUAGCUAUCCUGUCCCACCUUAGGGGGAGUGCGAAGGGGAGAGACUGAGCAGCACUAUUCACUAUUGAGGGACACAGGCUCACCAAAGACUGAGACCUAAUCACAGGACUAUAGAACACUUCACUUCCCUCCAUAUCUUACCACUGCAUUUCCAAAGGCCUAAUUACUACAGUUCCUUUUACCUAGUAUAUCAUGUCUAGCUUUCAAUGAAAAAUUGCAAGGCAUCCUAAAAGGCAAAAAUCAUACUUUGGAGAAACUGAACAGUCAUCAGAACCAGAGUCAGAUAUGGCAGGAAUGUUGGAAUUAUCAGACCAGGAACUUAAAAAUUCUGUGAUUAAUAUGGUAAGGCUUUAAUGGAAAAAGUAGACAACAUGCAAGAACAGAUGAAGAAUGUAAGCAGAGAGAUGAAAAUUCUAAGAAAGAAUCAAAAAGAAAUGCUAGAGAUCAGAAACUCUAACAGAAAUGAAGAAUCCCUUUGUUGGACUCAUCUGUAGACUAGACACAGCUAAGGAAAGAAUCUCUGAGCCUGAGGAUAUAACAAUAGAAACUUCCCAAACUUCAGAGAAAAAUCACUGAAAAAAACAGAACAGAAUAUUCAAGAACUGUGCGACAACUACAAAACGUGUAACAUGCAUGUAAUGGGAAUACCAGAUGGAGAAGAGUGAAAGCACCAGAAGCAAUAUUUGAAGCAAUAAUGACUGAGAACUUCCCCCAAAUUAACCUCUGACACCAAACUACAGAUCCCAGGAAGCUCAGAGAACACUAAGCAAGAUAAAUUUUUAAAAACUGCACCUAGGUAUAUAGUAUUCAAACUUGAGAAAAUCAAAGAUACAGCAAAAAUCUUGAAAGAAGAAAGAGGAAAAAAAACCUUAUCUAUAGAGGAAUAAAGAUAAGAAUUACAUUGUUUGUGCAUACAUUCGAUUACAUACAUUUCUCCUCAGAAACCAUGCAAGCAGAACAAGAGUAAAGCGAAGUAUUUAAAGCAUUGAGAGAAAAAAACACCAACCUAGAAUUCUGUGUACUGCAAAAUUAUUCUUCAAAAGUGAAGGAGAAAUAAAGACUUUCUUAGAUAAGUAAUAAUUAAGGGAAUUCGUUGCCAGUAGACCUGCCUUGUAAGAAUUGUUAAGAGAAGUUCUUCAGAGAGAAGGAAAAUAGUAUAGGUCAGAAACUUGGAUCUACAUAAAGCAAUUCA